AUGAGCAAGUACACCACCGUACACAACGUCCCCGGCCACAGCUUGUCCAGGCGCAAGGACCGCACCGUCAACGUCCAGAGACAUCUCGCCUCGUUUGAACUCCCCGGUCUCUUUCUUGCUGAUGAGACACCCAAUCUCCCCUUGGACGGGCGAAAGGCGCAUAGAAACCAUCUCCAGACCUUUUAUGACGGUUCCCGACGUCUGCAGACUAUACUGAGACUCAAGCAGGCUCUUAUUCACCUUAUGAUUAUUGAUUAUGUAGAUGAACGCUCUAAUGCACACAACGUACGGAUGGUCCUUCCAUCCCAAGACGUCUCGCUCCCGAACCCCGUUUCCUCCGUCUUGGACGUAUCGAAAUACGUCGAACAGCACGUCCUCAAGACGUCUGAAGCCGCCCUUCGUGUGACCAAUCCCCAAUUCGCAGACUAUGGGUGGUCAUGUAUCACCAAUCCCAAAGAAAUAGACGCAGAAUUGAUGUGCAUUCACGCGCUACAUAACUCAAACUCCCAGUCGCCGCCAAAAAUGCUCCUCUUUACCCAAUCUCCUUGGGUGCUCAGCGAGCGUGACUUUGUCAACUUUGUGCGAAGCAAGAGUAUGCCGCAAACACCACGUCAGCUGACUGGAAAGGAGAGGCUAUGGGCCAAGAUUUACGACGAAUGUACAGCACGCAAGUGUCGCUGGUUUGCCGUUACAUCAUAUUUCCAGUGGACAUUUGGCUACCAAGCGGCGUUCAUCAUGCUCGACGUACCCACCAUGAAACCAUGGAUACCCGCAGUCACACCACUACAGGCUCUCCACUACUGGAUCGCCUCUAGUCUCCAACUACCACACUCGUUCGUCCCCGACCGGGUGAUGGAAACGCCACACGUCCUGAGCACACCAUCCAUCUCUUCCAACCGCAGCAGCAAAGUACGUCAAGUAUUCCAAAACUCAGACUCGGAAGCAACCUCGGACGACUCGGACGCGGACAACAUGACGACCUACUCCAGGUUCCGUCCAGCGGAAGAAUCCGUCGUGACAGGUCUUGACCUCUCGUCUGAACCCAUUGUGAAUCCAAAUCCAAAUGCACCAGCGAUGGAUUUCAAUGUCAAGCCCCGCGCAAACACGACACGGAGCGCAAAACUAGAUUUGCCUACUCCAGGCGACCAAUUCACUAAAGAGGCACUCCUCCCACCGCGCUUAACGACAAUGACCCGAUUCUCAACGGCAAAUGAACCUAGUUCUGCCUUGGCGCGUCACCGCGAGAUUGCGGCGGCACGAGAGGAAAUGCAGGCCAAUCGACGACGUCUUGCGACACUCGAUUGGUUGGAUGAAGAAGAGUGGGGCGCGCAGUAUGGAGGUCCUGAUGUCGCAUAUGGUUAUCAGCCCAUGAAGGGCUUGGGUAUGGCUGGGAACGAUGACCUUGACGAGCCGCCCAGUCCUACUAGCAGUGACGGCUCGUGCUCGUCCUUGUUUGUCGUUGGAAGUCGACCAGAAGGCGGAAAGUCGUUGUUUGCCUUGGCUCCCAAACAGACCACUCGACAAUUCAACGUCUGA